AAAGUUUGCAGCCACAUACAUUUGCCAAAUGAAUUAGUCUACUAUUUUGCACUUUUUCUGGUCAAGAAGGAAGAAAACGAUCUGAUUGUUGUGAAACGGUUACAAGAUUUUGAGAGCCCAUACAUCUCUCAAAGAUGUGUGAAGGGGAUGCACAGGAUAGUACUCAGAAAAAAUUACUGGGACCCAAGCAUAGACCUUGAGGUCAUGAAUAACUGUGUAGGGCUCAACCUGCUAUAUGCACAGACAGUACAGGAUGUGGAGAGAGGGUGGGUCCUUACUAACCGAGAGAUCCAGCGACAGUUGGCAGCCUUGCAGGCUAAGGGAGCAAAGAAAGAAUACAUGGAGUUGGCAAGAGCACUGAAGUAUUACGGUUAUUUGCAAUUUCAACAGUGUACAUGCAACUUUCCUAAACCCAACACCCCUGUGCUCAUCACUGCUGGCAACCGAGAGCUGAACUUUAG